GGUGGUGGUAGGAUAGCAGAUGAAAACAGUUCUGCAGCGUGUAGGUCGUUGGGCGAACAACUCGGUGUAUCCUACAAAUCCAAAAUUCCAGAUAUACAAUGACACCUACCUCCCUAUUACGGUCUACUCUACACACAUCAAAAUGCAAUGGUUUAUUACACAGACAACAUUGUGGCAGUCAAUAUUACAUUUCUUCCACUGUUGUUUACUCUGUUUCUAUUUGCCAGUAGCUUCUUUUGGUAAUCACAGCUGUAAAGGACAAGGUAAACGCGUUCACAAUAAAUGUUCUAAAAAUCAAGCCCUAACCUUCUUAAACUUCGUUAAAUGUGAAAAAGAUGGAUCGUUCUCCCGUGUACAGUGUUCAAACGAACUACUGUGCUGUUGACAAAAGAGAAAGCGAAUUGAGAGGAGAUACGUCAAAAAUCUUUUGGUGUCAGAAAAAUGGCAAUUAUAAGAAAAUCCAAUGUCAAAAUAGCAAUUGUUACUGCGUAAAUCCUCGGGGAAUUCAAAUAGGAAUUGGUGUGCCUUUUACAAGAGUUCAAUACCUUCUGUGCUCUGGUAAGUAGAAUGGCUUAU